CCCGCCUUCAUUACUCGUAAAUAAUUUGCAAAGCCAAAUCUGUGUGCACUGUGCAACAGAGAAUUCCCCUUUCCCCUCGUUUUAUAAAAAGGCUUACUCGCAAAUCAAUCAAAAAAACUUACUCCUCUCUUUCUCUCUGUGGAUUUUUCUCGAACAGAUAAGGUACCUUGAGCUAUGAUUCGGCUAUUUAAAGUGAAGGAAAAGCAGAGAGAACUUGCUGAAAAUGCUAAUGGUGGCGUGCCGAUCAAGAAGCAAAGUGCUGGAGAAUUGCGUCUUCAUAAAGAUAUUUCUGAGCUGAACUUACCUAAAUCAUGCACCAUGACGUUCCCCAAUGGCAAGGAUGACCUUAUGAGCUUUGAGGUUUCUAUCCGGCCAGAUGAAGGAUAUUAUUUAGGUGGAACAUUUUUGUUCUCUUUCCAAGUUUCCCCGAUCUACCCACACGAAGCACCAAAAGUUAAAUGCAAAACCAAGGUCUACCAUCCAAACAUCGAUUUGGAAGGAAAUGUCUGUCUCAAUAUCUUGCGAGAAGAUUGGAAACCUGUCCUCAAUAUAAACACCAUCAUUUAUGGAUUAUAUCAUCUCUUCACGGAACCAAAUUACGAGGAUCCCCUUAAUCAUGAUGCUGCAGCAGUGUUGAGGGACAACCCAAAGAUGUUUGAAUCUAAUGUGAGAAGGGCUAUGACUGGCGGGUAUGUGGGGCAAUCCUUCUUUCCACGGUGUAUUUAGGUUCUAUUUGGUGGUACAUAGUGCCAAUUCAAAUGUGUUAUCAAUGCUUGAAUGCCCGUGAUUGUAAAAUUUAUCUUCAAAUUAUGUUGUUAUCCUUUUUGAUUCUCUGGGUGGAGCUGGGGGCCUUAGUUCCUAGAAUACCAUGCAACUGAAAACACAAACCUAAUCUGUAUGCAAUUUGUAUGCUAUCGUAACUCUUGGAUGCAAUUUGUAUGUCGACUUGUUAUUUUAUUUAUUUCAAUGUGGAGCGAGGUUAGACAAGAA